UCAGCAACGAUCGUUGACGACAAGUGUAAACAGUGAGUUAGCGGCAGUGCUUAGAGCUUUCGUGAAAAAAGCACGUGGUUUCUGGGCGUUCGAGCUGGUGGUCGAGUGAUAUGUCCCCCACCACCAACGAGUGGCUAGACGGCCAAGGGGAGGAGAAGCAGCUGGCUGACGAGGAGCGUCAGACACCAAACUCACAACGGCAGAACGCAAUCAAAGAGUAUGUGUACGGACCGGGGCUCGGCACACAAGUCUACCAGCCGACAAUCCAGCCGCGAAACUACUGCGACAACGACAACUGCGACGAACGCACCGACCUCGUGAAACCCGGCCAGAGAGCCAUAAUCAAGUUCGAAAUGGAGCUCGAGGGCGGCUCCAAGAUCCUGCAAUUCGUCGCUGCCACUGCCGCGAAUCUGUGUAUUCUGGCAAGUGGAGCGAUGAUGGGCUGGACAAGUCCAGUCCUCUCGUACAUGUCGAAAAAUAGCACGGAGCCGGUGGAUCCGGAAAACCCGCUCGGAUACAAUAUAACAUCCGAAGAGAACUCGUGGGUCGGUUCAAUAAUGACCAUAGGAGCAGUAGUUGGUAGUUUGAUUUCAGGAUACCUUGGUGAAAGGUUUGGCCGAAAGAAGGCAUUACUUUUCAGCGCGGUGCCUUACCUCAUUGGAUGGAUACUAGUUGCCACGACGAAGAGUUUAGAGCAGCUGUACGCAGCUCGAUUUAUUUUUGGCGUAGCUUUGGCUAUCGAUUUCACAAUUGUACCCAUGUACUGUGGUGAAAUUGCGGAGACGAGUAUCAGAGGUGUACUUGGUUCCUUCUUACAAUUGUUCGUCACAGUUGGCCUAUUGUUUUCUUAUUGCAUUGGGCCCUACGUGUCGUAUACAGUAUUCUGGAUCGCCUGUGGCAGUCUGCCAAUUAUCUUUUUCGUUUGCUUCAUGUUCAUGCCAGAAUCGCCUUAUUAUUUGCUGGCUCAAGGAAUGAAAGACGAUGCCGCGGAGUCUCUUGCCAAACUAAGGGGAAAAAACGUUGGUGCCGUUCAAAAAGAACUGGGCGAAAUGCAGACAGCGGUGGACCAAGCGUUCAGUACAGAGGUGAAGAUGUCAGACUUGUUCACAGUCAAGUCCAACUUCAAGGCACUAUUGUACACUUGCGCAGCGGUCAGUUUUCAGCAAUUGACGGGUAUCAACGUCGUGCUGUUCUACACGCAGGACAUUUUCAAGAGCGCGGGCACGAGUCUCGACCCGGCUAUCUGUACUAUCCUCGUUGGCGCCGUGCAACUGGCUGCUUCGGGCGUCACACCUGUCAUCGUUGAUCGGCUUGGCAGGCGCACGCUUCUCAUUAUCUCGGGCAUCGGUACCUCGAUCACUACUGGUUCCCUAGGAGUAUACUUCUAUCUACAAAGUGAAAAAAAUGCUGAAGGGUUGGGUUGGUUACCAGUAGCCUCGUUGAUAGUAUUCGUGAGUCUAUAUUGUAUUGGUUGGGGUCCAUUACCCUGGGCCAUCAUGGGAGAGAUGUUCUCGUCAGAGGUCAAAGCUAAGGCAUCGGGCAUCACCGUAUUAAUUUGCUGGGCAUUCGCUUUCGUCAUAACCAAAUACUUCAGCACCAUUUCCAAUGCUUAUGGGAACCAUACAGCUUUUUGGAUCUUCACGGUUUUCUGUAUCCUCAGUAUUGUCUUUGCUCUGAUGCUGCUGCCAGAAACCAGAGGCAAGAGUCUCAAGCAAAUUCAAAGCGAGUUGAGUGGUACCGAGUACCAAGAUGAGGAUGAAGAACUUGGUGAACCCACGGCCAAGAUGUGAUUUUCUUUUUGUUUCAUAUCGGUUAUAGUUCCAUAUAUUUUUAUUUUAUAAUCUGCGCUUAUAUACGAUAAGGAUCGUAUAAGAAGGUCAAUCUUAUGACUAUUUAUGAAAUAACGAAAUUGCUGAUUCAUAAACAAUUAUUUUGAAUCAUUGAAGCGCAAAAAUAGUCUAAAAAUUUGUGAUAAUUUUGUUGUCGGAUUAUUGCAUAUGAUUUAUUUAGUAAAAUUUAAACAGAUUAUAUAACAAAUUGACAUUAAAAAAAUUCGCUUUUUUAAAAUGUCUUUAAGUGCCUUAUAAUAAUAUCUUAUUGUUCGAGACGUUGAAGUUGUUAUUGAGUAAAAGUUUACUAUUUUCAAAUGAGAAUUAGAUCGAUGAAGUUAUUUGGCUGUAAAAUUGAUUAUGAAAUCACUCAAUGUAGUUAUAAUACAUGUGCUAAGUGAAAAUUAAGUAUUUUAAAAAUAAGAAUUACGAUUUUUUCCCUUUUAUCAUUGCAUACGAUGCUCCUAGAAAAAAUUAAAUAGAAAUUAUAAUUACCUUCGAUUUGAUCGUGGUUCCGGUUCUUGAAAUGGUAUGGACAUGUUUCAUUGUGUAUUGAAAGUUGUAAAGAUGGGGCUUUUUCACAGCUAUCUUCUAUAUAGCUUUUUAUACAAUUGUCCUGCUUGACUUACUGUAAAUUUGCGUUAUCAUGGUUGAUUUAAUAGUCAGAUGUGUGAUGCGUAUUUAUUUAAUUAUUGUAUCAUUAAUUGAUACCACGAGCACAAAAUAAUGUACGAUUAUGUGUAUUAAUAUCGUAAAUUUAUAUCAUUGCUAUUUACAAUACAACAAUUUACAAUAUCAAUAGAAUUACAAUUAUAUAGCAAAUUUAUGCCAUAUGAUUGUAAAUGUAUUGCAAAGAUUUAUUCCAUUUCCGUACUCAUUUAAAAACUUAUUUUUAAAAUGCAUUUACUUAUAUUCAGAGUUCCUGCCUUUGUAAAUUAUGUUUCAUAACGUAGAAGAUAAUAUUGACUACGUUAUCAAGAUUAUAAUUAAAUUAAGUUCAACAUUGGUUAAUGUCGACUUUGCUUACCCUUGAUAUUCGAAAAGCAAAGCAUUAUUGAUUAUUAAUUAUUCUUUCAAAUGCAUGAGUGUGUAGCGUGAAAAAUGUUUUUAAAUUGAAAUGUUGAAUAAAAUUGUUAUGAGCGAAAUGUUCUAUUAGUGGUUUUAAUUGGUACGAUCGAAGUAUUUUAUUAGUGCGAAAUUAUAUAAAUUUAUAAUUUGUUAAACAUAUCAAACCAUGAGUAUUUUAUAUUUAAAUGUUGAAGUAAUUUGGAAUAAACUUUCAAACUA